AUGGACAAAAAAUCCGAUGCUUCCGAUUGGUAUUUUACAGGAAAAAUAAUUUUAAUGAAAGACAAUUUCCAAGAAAUAAAAAGGUCGAGAGUUGGUAGAGGAGGAACUGAUCUACUUAAAAAGAUAAAUGAAUACGAAGGCGAAAAUUGUUACAUACCUACAGAUGGUCACUGUUUUAUCAAAUGCGUCAAUCGUGUUUUGAGCAAAGAUUUAACGUGUAAAUUUCAAGAAUACAUCAACGGGUUUUCAAAAGCAAAUAGAAAAGGAGUGAUGACUUGUGCUAGAAUGAAUGAAUUCAACAAGAAAUUUAACACUUCGUUUCAAAUUUAUAAUCCCAAAAACAGACAUUUUCACCCCAGAGACGUUCACGAUGAAUUAGAUUGGGUUUUGUACUUACACAACUCGCAUUUCUGUUUGAUUAGAAGAAGCCAAAAAAGUUUGGGAAUUCAAGAAAUAGAAGAUAAUUACGAACAGGUGUGGAAAACGUGUAGAGACGACAACGCAGUAACACAGGUUUCACCCCUCAAACUAAACGUGCUUUCGAGUAUGAGUGAUGAUGCGUUAUUCGCUUGGGAUUUCGAAACGUAUUCAGAAAAAGACACGCGAAGAGCAAUUCCUUAUGCCUGCACUUUAAUUAAUUUAGAAAAACUAAGGAAAAUGUUAAACAGAAUAAAUAAUCUAUUUCCAGAUUUAAAGCCUACAGAUCCCAUUCCAGAAGAAUUUUAUGAUAAACUAAUGAAUGUAGUAGAAAUAUUUGUAGGUACAGAUUGCAUCGAUCAAAUGUUGAAAUAUUUAGGUCAAUAUGAUAGAAAGAGAUUAAUAUUAAUUUCUCAUAACGGCAGUGGAUUCGACAACUGGAUCGUGCUUAAAAAUGCAAAAAAACUAACGCAUUGCCCUUUAAAAACACCCAGAGGAAUUUUAUCUUUUCCUUUAUCUAAUCCAUACACGGAUGAAGAUUUACAGAAAAAAUGGAAAAGACAGAAAGAAAUAAAGGGUAAUUAUUUACAACAUAUUAAUUUCACGUGUUCCUAUCAACACGAAUCCUCUAGUUUGGCUGCAUGGGGAAAUUCUUCCAAUCUCCCCGCGAAUUUGAGAAAGAUUGCCGACGUAGAUAUCGCUAAAUACACGCAAGACAACUGGGAGGAAUUGAGACACGAAUGGGAACCUUACGCCAAGAGAGACACCCUCUGUUUGGGAGCUUGUUUGAUAAAAUACAACCAAGUCACGAAAGACGUUGUAAACCAGAAUAUGUCCAAUAAUCUAACGGCUCCAUCUUUAUCUUUAAAGAGUUGGUAUUAUUUAUAUCAUUACGAUAAAGAAAUGGUGGAAGAAGAAUGGUAUGAAACUACUAGAAUGGUUGCGAAACAUACCGAAAAAGAAAAUAUAGAAAAAGUUUAUUCGCACACUAAUCCUUUUAUAAGAAAUUUUAUCAGACGAUCUAUUAAAGGAGGAAGAGUUUCGGCAAAUAGAAAAUCAUUUGAAACGAACAAAAUGGAUGAAAUUUGUAACGUAUUAAAGGAAUAUAUUUCACAAAGUGAAACACGAAGUGACACAGAACUUGAAAGUAAUAACAUAAUUGAUUUAUUCAAAGAAUACAGCGCAAGCACAAAAGACAAAACGGAGGUUCAUUCGAGACUCAAAAAAAUAUAA